GCCACUGGGAGUCAUGUGGAUUACGGGAUGAAUCCUGAGGAAAAGUUGUAGAAGGAUGCGGUUGUUGGGAGUAAGAUGGCAAAAUUGGGUUAUUUCUGCCCGGUGGCACCUCCCCCUGCCUCCACCCCCACCCUGUGAACAUGCAGGUCCUACAGAUCGUCAAGGAUCUGGUGUCGCCAUCCAGAAGUGGGGCAGCAGGCAGAUCUGGAGCGUCUGAUACUGACCAGGAUGCAGCGGUGAAACUUGAGCGAGCCGAGAUCGUCGCCAAAUAUGACAAGGGGAAAGAGGCCACCGUGGAGCCAUGGGAGGACACCAACUUCCACCUCUAUAAAGUCGUCGACCGCUUCGGAUUCGUCCAUGAGAAUGAGCUGCCAUCCUACGACUCUGUGGAGGAGAAGCACAAACACACGGAGCUGGAGAGGAUCAGCAAAUGGCUGAAGAUGCUGAAGAGCUGGGACAAAUACAAGAACAGUGAAAAGCUGGUUCGGAGGAUCUAUAAGGGGAUUCCUCUGCAACUCCGAGGCGAGGUGUGGGGUCUGCUGCUUGACAUCCCCAAAAUGAAGCAGGAGAAGAAAGACUUCUAUGAGAAGCUGAAGGCGAGUGCGAGAGGACUUUCUCCGGAUAUCCGUCAGAUUGAUUUGGAUGUAAACCGGACCUACAGGGACCACGUCAUGUUCAUGAAUCGCUACGACGUCAAGCAGCAGGCUCUGUUCCACGUGCUCACGGCGUACUCCAUCUACAACAGGGAAGUGGGCUACUGUCAGGGGAUGAGCCAGAUCACAGCCCUGUUGCUGAUCUACUUGAACGAAGAGGACGCCUUCUGGGCGCUGGUCAAACUCCUGUCUGGACACAAGCACGCCAUGCACGGUUUUUUUGUUCCCGGCUUUCCGAAACUGAUGCGAUUUCAGGAGCAUCACGACCGCAUCCUGAAGAAGAUGAUUCCAAAACUGAAGCAGCACCUGGACAACCAGGAGGUGUUCACCAGCCUGUACACCAUGAAGUGGUUCUUCCAGUGUUUCCUGGACAGAACCCCCUUCACACUGACUCUCAGGAUCUGGGACAUCUACAUCUUGGAGGGGGAGCGCGUGCUGCCCGCCAUGUCCUACACCAUCCUCAAACUGCACAGGAAGCACCUAAUGAAGCUGUCCAUGGAGGAGCUGGUGGAGUUUCUGCAGGUAUCUUUGUCAAAAAAUUUCUACUUCGAAGAUGAUUUGGUGAUCGAGCAGCUGCAGCAUUCGAUGUCGGAGCUCAGGAGGGCCAAGCUGGAGCUGCCGGCGCCAGGUAAAGAGGACGAGUUUCCCAAGAAGCCUCUAGGGCAGCUACCUCCUGAGCUGGCAGCGCCGGUGGUCAACCACAUGGCCAAUGGUCAGAGCCAUACUGAGCCAGCCGAGUCUCCCAGGGAGCCGAGUCCUACACAAGUGCAUCGGCGGGAGAGCCGGCCCUCAAGCCGAUCGCGCCGUGCUUCUCUGGACAGAUCGCUCCGUCAGCAAAAGGUUCGCUCCAGGGGAUCAGGAGAGAUCCCGAGUGAGCAGCAAAAGCAGAUCUUCAAUCUCACCAGUUCUGAGAAGGUAGAACCACCUGUUACUCCUGCAGUGCAGCCCACCACAGGGGAUAGAGAGAAGCCACAGAGCCAUGCCACAGCCAAUCAGAAUUCCAAUGCAGCAUCGAGCUCCCGCCAAAACUUCACCCCUCGUUGGGUCAAACCUUCUGAUACCAAAUUGGAAGCGGCUAUGGCAGCAGCAGCCUUGGAGGCCCUGAAAAGUCGAGGGGUGCCAGUGCAGCCUCCUAAGUCAAAUGGUGCCGCAGUAAACCACCAUCAGCCCAACUCGAGGAGCUUUGUCCCAGGUUCAGACCGUGGCUCCAACGCUUCCCAGUAUGACAAUGUACCUGGACUUCCUGAACAGAAUGUCGGUAUCCCAGAGCCUGAGAGUCCUCCGUCCAGGAUUCGAACCCCUCGCACUGAGCUCCCAUUGAGUGCAUCAGGUGUUCAUCAGGGCAGCCCCACAGUGGCUGGAAGUUUUAUCCCCCCACCAUCUGGGCCAAAGAUUGUACAACACCUGCUUCCUCCUCCCCUGACUCACAAGAUUCCAGUGGGUGUCCAGUCUGACCAGUAUGAUGCACCUGCCCAGCAGUACUCCCAGGGUAGACCUACCAUGGUACCCAUUCUCCAUCCUGCCUACAGCUCAAAUGUGGAGUAUAGAAGAGAUGACAGACAUUAUGCCCCACCACCCAACCUGGGGUAUGGGGAAAGAGCGUACCCCACCACUCAACGGCAGCCCAGCAGACUGUCUCCAACGAAGGCUUUUAUGAACAACAACUUUGCUACACAGCGCCUGGAGCCCUUCCCAAAGUCCACCAACAGCCCUCAAAAUGUCAAGCCAGUGCUGCAGCUGGAAAACCCCACCUACCAGCCAUUGAUACUCAACUCCCCUCCACAAGGCUACCCUCCAAUAGACUACGUGGUCGAGCCAAAUCCCCGCUACCCGUAUAAAGAGCAGACUGUGGAUGGGUUCAUAUGGCCGCCAGAGGGCGACCACUUCUCUCACUCUGGGGGGGGAAUGCCCCGUUCGCCCAGCUUUCAGCAAGCCCAAAUGUCUCCUGUUGAGCAAUUCACCUUCCCCACCAAAACAGACAACCUCCUUCACUACAGGAACCAGUUUAACGAGCAGCAGCCGGUCAUAAGGCAGCAGCUCCCCCGACUGUUUGGAGGACCACACUACAGUCCUGCACAGGAGGCGUUUGCCAUGCAGGAGUCCAUGCUGCUGUGAGCAGAAGACUGUAUCAAGGAGUUCUUUCUGUGAAGUACUGCCCUCUGCAGGACGCACCAGCCGCUGACAUUUUUACUGAUCACUUAAAAAAGGAGAAAAAAAAAACUGACUGAAGA